CACACAACAAUUUUGGCAAUGUCUGAGCCUUGUUCUUCAUGAACUCAUCCUCCUCCGCCGCAGAGUCCACCAUGGAAGACCCAUCCUCCGGCCACCGCCGCUCCAAGAAGCACCACCGCAGCCACCGUCACCGCCCCUCGACGACGGCGGAGGAGUCGGACGGCGAGGUGGAUGAGGGCGACCCGGAGGCGUGGGCCACCCUGAACAAGGGGUUCCGGCAGGUGCAGUCGGUGCUGGACCGUAACCGGCUACUGAUUCAGCAGGUGAACGAGAACCAGCAGUCUCGGAUGCACGACAACAUGGUCAAAAACGUCUCCCUUAUUCAGGAACUCAACGGGAACAUCUCCAAGGUUGUCUCUCUCUACUCUGAUCUCAACACCAAUUUCACCAACGUUUGCCAACACCGCUCCAAAAACUCUUCCAAAUAAACAAUAAAAAUACCUUCUUUUUUCCUCAGUCAUGUGUUUGCGUCUCUGUCUGUGUGUUGUUGAAGAUGAAGAACUGUGAUGGUAGUUUUGGGCCUUGUUUUGUCAUCAAUUGUCAAUAAGGGCGGUGAAGGCGAAGCAUUGUAUCGUCCUCUUUACUUCUUUCUACACAUACUAUUGUACUUCCUUGUCACUCUCUGUACUUCUCCAUCAAUAAAUUAACUUGUCCAUGUCAAUGGAAAUUGGAUCA